UCGACAGCGGUUUUUACCCGGAAGCGCUCCAGUGUGUGGCUCGGCUUGUUAGUAAAAAAACAAAAAUUAUUGUAGAAGUAAAUUUCUACACUUCUCUGAAAGGACGGAGUGACUUCAAACACGCCUCAAGCUGGAGUAAUGCUUAUUCAGGCUGAGAUUUAAAGGUGUAGCAGAGGCUGUACUGGUUGAAAAUCUGCUCUCUGAAAAUAAUGCUUGGCUGAUAUUAGAACCAGAACUGAAACAGAGUCAUGGACAAAGAUGUGAAGGCAGACAUUGCCUCUGCAAUGGUUGGAGGGGCAUCUGUUGGAAGUAUGAUGGCACAGAACAGAUCUGAAGAUGAGGAGUCAACAGGUGUGAAGGAUGUGAAAAGAACGGCGGCUCAGGCAUUCAGUGGCGGCGGGCUGGUUCCUAAAAGGAGGAGUUCUUCCAGAUCGAUCAAGAGAAAAAAGUUUGACGAUGAACUGGUUGAGAGCAGCCUGGCUAAAUCCUCAAGCAGGGUAAAGGGACAGCCUGUCAUUGAGCCAAUCAGAUGCCCUGGAACUGAGCCGUCAUCCAAUGAGAAAAAGAAGAUUUCAAAGUCCGCCGCUUCCUUAACUCCUCCACCUACGAUGGUAAUCGCCCCUUCUCCGAUUACCAAAAGAGUGAAGAAGAGCAAGCAGCCACUGCAGAUCACUAAAGACCUUGGCCGCUGGAAACCCACUGAUGACCUGUUGCUUAUUAACGCAGUAUUACAGACUACUGACCUCACCUCCGUUCACCUUGGAGUGAAGUUCAGCUGUCGUUUCACGCUUAGAGAGAUUCAGGACCGGUGGUAUGCUUUGCUGUACGACCCUGUCAUUUCAAAGUUGGCUUGGCAGGCCAUGAGACAGCUCCACCCAGAGGCUAUCGCUGCAAUACAGAGCAAAGCUCUGUUUAGCCAAGCAGAGGAGGCUCUGCUGGCUAAGAUUAGUUCAAACAGUCAGCCAAAACUGGAGGUGUUCCAGGACUUGCUGAACAAGCACCCCAGUGUGUUCUACCCAUCUCGCACAGCUAAGAGCUUGCUGGUGCACUGGCAACUACUCAAACAAUACUACUUACUGGAUGACCAGAGUGUUCAACCCCUUCCCAAAGCAGACCAGGUUCUUAACUUCUCAGAUGCUGAGCAGAUGGUUGAUGACGCCAAGCUAAAAGACAGCAGGGACGAGGUACUGGAGCAUGAGCUGAUGGUUGCAGAUAGGCACCAGAAGAGGGAGAUCAAGCAACUGGAACAGGAGCUCCCUCGUUGGCAGGUCUUGGUGGACAGCAUCACAGGUAUGAACUCCCCAGACUUUGAUAACCAAACCUUGGCUGCAUUAAGAGGGCGCAUGGUCCGAUACCUAAUGAGGUCUAGAGAGAUCACUCUUGGCCGUGCAACCAAGGAUAAACAGAUAGAUGUGGAUCUGUCAUUAGAGGGACCAGCGUGGAAAAUUUCCAGACAACAGGGGGUCAUCAAGCUCAAAAACAAUGGUGAUUUCUUCAUUGCCAAUGAAGGUCGAAGACCGAUCUACAUAGAUGGCAGACCUGUCCUGUCUGGCAACAAGUGGAAGCUAAACAACAAUUCUGUGUUGGAGAUUGCAGGGCUUCGUUUUGUGUUCCUUAUCAACCAGGAGCUGAUUUCACUUAUCAAAGCAGAGACGGCCAAGAUGAACCAGCAGUGAACUGCACAAUAUAACGCCUGUGACUCUAUUUGCUCACUGUGGUGAAGCAAUAAGUAAAAGGACCCCAGCAAUCAAUGAGCAGUCAGCUCAGGACCCAUGCACUGCGUAUCUAGGCAGAAGAGUGGACGCUGGCCCAGUAGAUUGUGCUGUAGAUAAAUGUGAACACAAAGAGACCAGUUCUAACGGGAACUCAAAAGGGCCUUUGAGCGCUUAGUAGAGGGUUUAAUCCAAUUACAGACUGAAAGCUUCUUACACAAUGAGAAGGCCCUUCAGAGCCAUUUGAGCAGGUGGGCUUGGGCAAAAGACCCGCUGCUGCCUGAGUUCACGUUACAGCAAACUGAAACUAGUCCUGGAGAUGCACAUACUGCAGAAUCUUUCCCUGGCUUAUGGUAAACAAAUCAGUUUGGAACUGUAACUGAGAUCAUUUUCAUUGUUUUAUGUUCGAAUAACUGUGUUGUCAUUUUGAAUGUGUGCAGAAUACUUUUACAAAUGCUAACAAAACA